AUGAUCCACCCCGCCGCGAGAACAAGAUAUGUUAGCGAAGGACUAAAAGAACCAGUGGAGACACUUCGUGAACGUCACUAACAGUAAUCUAAAAAAGAGAAAGAUAGAAGGCACAACCUGAUACGCUCGGUCGCCGACGGUGUCAAUUGUACCGUGGAAUACGACGUAUUCCAUGUCCGUCAGGGUGCACAAAAUGUCGAACAGCAGCUUCGGGCGAUCGCGGCACUGGACGUUCACGAUGGAGUAACCCCGGUCGAUCCAGUUCUGAACCGAAACAAGCGGCGGUGACGGUGACAACGACGAUGCUGUCGCCUCCGCCGCUUGGCCGGACUCGCGAUCGGCAGACAUCAUCUGGUGGAGCCUGUGCUCCGCGUGAGCAACUGCAAGGGAAGAUACGGCAACAACCCUGGCGAUGGCGGGAACGUUGUCGCCGUCCCCCCUCAGGACGUUGUGGAGACGCCUCUCAAUCCGUUGGAUCUUUUGGGUGUCCUCUAUGAUGGACCCCGAGUCCUCGUCCUUGACAUGCAUCAGGGAAGCGACGCGGCCGUUGUGCGUCCAAACUUUGGCGUCCACGACAUUGCAUUGAAGGUCGGCCAGCACGGCGAAGACCUCUGACAAAAUACCCGGCCUGUCCGACCCCGUCAGCUCCAGAGCAGUCAGAUGAUUACUGAAGCCCUCCAACUUUCUGUUGUCGUUCCCGGCUACCAGGGACUGGAGGAAGAGAAUUGAGACAAUUAUCCUAAGAAAUAACCAGAAGGAAAAGGAGGAGAAUCUAACUGCCAAGACUCAUCCAUAAAGAAAUUGUUAGGCACCUGUUCGAGGUAAGUUCGGAUGCUCUCGUCGAUGAGCUUCGCACCGAACUGGUCGGUCACGUGGAAGACGUCCAUGAACCAACGGCCAUCGGAGGAUAUGUAGGCCUUCUUGAUUGACAGAUUCAGAUCGGUGAGGGCCUGGACGGCCUCAAGGAGGACGCCGCUCUUCCUGGCGCUGUCUACCUUUAUCAGCGUCGCGGAGGUGCACACGUCAUUGUCGAUCACAACCCUGGAAGGAACAAAGAGCAGUAAGCAACCGAGGAUGGGAAAGACACCGCAGAACAGCAUCCACGGUGGGACCUGCAAUCCAGACGUCCAAAGGGAAGGAUCCGCUCCUUCCUUCGGAGCGGCGAUUGUAGGAGCGAGAUUUCAUGAUUCCAGCGUGAGGGAGGAGAGGCGACAGACGACGGACAACUGGAGAUUGGAUCAAGAUAGAUCACCUGGGAUUGUUCAUCCGCGUGACGAGCUUCUCGUACUCAUCCAAGCACUGCGCCCGCUCUAUCUCCCCCGCCAUCUUCCUCCUCACACCGCCUGCUUCUCCUCCAAACCAGCAACCAGAUCCGAAGAUCUCAGCAAGCCCCCCCACCGCCUCCCGCAGCCGCGGAGCCCCUCGCCGGCCGUACUGUACCCUCCCUUCUCCCCCUCCUUGCUCCGAACUUACUCCCCUUCCCUCCCUCACCUUCCCUUCCCCUUAUGUACCCCCCGCCUUCAUCUCUCUCUCUCUCUCUGUCUCUUCCCACGUGAGAAGGGAUGGGCUAUUAAAUAGCGGGGAGAGGUCCGUAGUUCACAAGUUGUCGCGGAUGUGGCAGGGAAGGGGGAGCUUUAAUAGGCCUGCGUUUAAAUGAGCCAAUCCGCUGGUGAGGCUUAAAUCGCCACGUGUGAAAUCGGUCAGGGAUCGGCCACGUCAUUGCCGAAUCGGCGGCCCGUCCUGUCCCGUUAGGAUCCGAGUUAAUGCGACCCGUAAAGUCCCACCCAGACCGUUUCCGCCGACCACCUCGUCCUCCACGACCCGUAACGGCCCGUCCCUGCCGCCAGCGCCCCACGCACCCCCCCCCCCCGGGUCUUUUCAAACAAACAUUCUCUCCCCCCUUUCUCUCUCAUACGUGAUUAGUGAGAAACACCCGCCGUUUUUUUUUUUUCAGGGGCGGGGGGGGCUUAAUGGAGAUGCCGAGUUUAGAGGGGGAUUUUUCUGACAAAUGUCUGCGGGGGAUAAAUAACGAGUUUAAUUAAAUUAUCAAUCAUAAGCGGGGUUCCCCCAGCGGAGGGCGCGAAGCGGCCGGCCGCGGCGGUCCGACGGCAAUUAAGAAGGCGUGUCAGAAGGGGACCGGCGGUGGGCGGCGGGAUUCUCCGGUGACGGAUCUGACGGCCAUGUGA